AUCCCUUUUAGCCCCUCUCUGGGUGCUUUACUGAGGACGAAGAAGGUUGCCUCGUCCAGAAAUAAAGUUCACUCAUCGUCGUGUUCAAUUUAAAUCGAUAUAAAUGCGGCUGAAAGAGUCACAUGGUAACUAGCAGCCUUGGUAUAAUUAUGAGCUGAGUGGAGCUUUAUCUUGAGAAAACAAUAGAGCUCUAAUCGGGGAGAGAGGAGAAAUUCAACAAAUGUCAUCCAAGAUUUUCCUAGAAUUUUUGGAAUUGAAAAAAUGGAGAGCUAAGAACUUGAGAAUUUAAUGCAAUACUCAAAAGGAAUGAGAAGAUAGAAGAAACGAGAAGAUAAUAGUCUAGGCGUUCGUUAUCGCAACUGAUAAUUAGGAACUUCAGCGAGUUGAGACACGGAUCAUCCAAGAAACGGAAAAGGAAAAGGAGGCGCUCUAAGAAAGGCUUGAAUACAUUGGAGAGCAGCUAAUGGCGCGGAGAAUAAACAAGGAGAAAAGUGAAAAAUGAGGGGUUUGAAAAUUUGCACCGAGAAAUCAUAAAUUUACGGAACUGAAAGUACGGAGAAUACGAAUGUUUUUUUGUUGGAACACGUAUAAAGAGGAUAGGAGGGAUUGGGGACUUUGAUUAUCCAACAAUAAACGCAUCGACCUCAGUUGACACAUCGCAAAUGUGAUCCUAGCGGAGUGCGGGGUCAAGGCGCUAAGCCUGGAAGACUCGUCAGGCUUAGAGGGUGAUAAAGGAUCAAUGAUGAGAAUUUUCUGUGUUACUAACACACGGAGAAUAUUAUACGGCGUUAGGACUCAUAUACGUAUUCAUUUGUUAUCAAUGAUGGUUUACAAUGGUUCUUGAUUCAGUGAAAUAAUAUCAAACACUGUGAACCGUGUAGACAUUCUCCUGAGUCCAGUCUCUACGAAGAGAAAAAAAUCUAUUAUCAAAUAAUUAAACAUGGUUGAACGUUGGACACUUAUUUUACCCCUGCUGAAUGUGUUCGUGUAUCUUCAGAGUGGCAGGGUAACAUCAAAAACAACGCCAGAGAGAGAGGCCAUUCUCAUACCUGGGGAUAUAGUUCUCGGUGGACUUUUUCCCGUUCAUGAUAAGGGAGAAUUUACGUGUGGAUCCAAAGUUUAUAACAGAGGAGUGCAGAGACUUGAGGCCAUGCUUUUUGCUGUUGAUCAGAUUAAUCAGGAAAAUAAAAUAUUGCCCGGUAUUUCACUCGGUGUUCAUAUACUUGAUACGUGCAGCAGGGACACGUAUGCACUCAAUCAGAGCCUACACUUUGUGAGAGCCUCGUUAUCGAAUCUAGACAUUAGUAUACUCGAGUGCACUGAUGGCUCAACACCUAAGGUCAGGAACACAGCCAGUGCUGGACCAAUUUUUGGAGUCAUCGGAGGAUCCUACAGUUCAGUGUCACUCCAGCUUUCAUCAAAGAUGAUGCAGUAGUUUCCUUCCAGUUCUUCAAAUUAGUUGAAGAUGUAUGGAAUUAUGUUUUCUAUCAUUGUAACCGAUGCUUAAUUUUUCAAAACAUUUUUCUAUCCCAAUUUUCAAUUUCAUCAUAUCACCUUAGGGGAAUAAAAGUAUGAGUUGUCAAUGUAGCUCCUGUGAAAAAUAGAGCAAAAUAGCAACGAAUAUAA